GUAUAUCGAACUAUUUUGAAAAUAACAACAAUCAAAAGAAGUCCCGUUUUUUUCUUCUGUAGCAUCGGCCUCAGCUGACAUAAGCAUUAUUUGUUUUUGUUUUGUACUACUUUCCCAUAGCGGUGUCGUCCAUUGAUAAUCCAGCAACGUGCAGAUGUACUCUGAUGAGGAGCGCUGUCCCACGCCGAAGCGGCUGACGGAGGCGGAGCUGCAGAAGAGCGUGGACCGUCUCACGCGCAACACCCGUACCGCGGCGGAGUUGAAGCCGCUCGCGCCGCGCCAGACCAUUUCUCAGGAGGCAUUGGGCAAGCGCGUGCACCACCUCUACGACGAGUCGUUGGCCCGCCGUCAGCUGGAACGCGAGGAGAUCGCGCGGCAGAUGGAGGCGGCAGUGAAGAAGGACAGCACUAUGACCGUCACCACCAUCUCCCAGGCCGAAGAGGAGGCGCUGGUGCGUCACUUGUACGACGACACACUGGCCUUAAAGAAGAAGAACUUUGACGAGCUGAUGAAGCAGGAAACAAGCCACAACGUGCGCAACACGCGAAAAAUGACGAAGAAGGAGCAGGAAACGACGGCGGACCGGCUUUACCGCGAGGGCAUGGAGCGGGAGCGCAGGAAGCACAUCGACCUCUACGAGAAGUACGUCAUCUCACGGAGGCAGCCGGCAGCGCAACGCACCACAGCCGAGAUGGCGGCGUCUGCCGACAAGAUGACACGAGGUGAAGGAGUAACCUCGUAG